AUGGGUGCAAAAUACCACGCUGCCCGACGCGCACAAAUGGCUGCGAACAAGCUUGUUUUCUUCCGGUUUCAAUACACGUUCUUGUCAGACUACCAGAUCCAUACUUCAUCUUUUUUUUUCUUCAUGAAUUUACGCCCAUUCUCGUCGAGUAAUUAUUCCUCGUUAUCUGAAGGAGAAGAAGAAGCAGAUCACGGGAUGGCCAGUGAGGUUGAGUUGAUGGAGCCCAUGUUUUCCGUGCUUUGGCGCGUAAAUCCAUCAGACCAACGUGCUUUUCCUUUGGUCAAUGAAAACAGACGAAUUGGAAGCCAGGAACAGCCGAUCCUCUCUACCAGCACCCACAUCGCGCCCCAGAAUUCCAAGAGGUGUAUGGACGACCUUUGCCUGAGGCUUGAGGACGAGUUGAAUAGUUUCAAGUUUCACUCCAACUUGUGCUUCACGAAUUUGCGCCACACGAUGUAUGACCAGCUUCGGGCCUUUGAAGAAAGGGCGCUUGAGAAAGACCGUCUUCACUGCAAGGCGCUUGAAAACCUCGAGGAUUCUAGAGCCGAGGCCAUGCUCGAGGCGAAAAGAGCAAGCCAGUAUGUCCGGGAGCUCAAGGAACAGCAUAAGAAAUAUAAAGCCAAAGUGGCUCUCGAAUCGAUGAUGGCUGCCAAAGAGUAUCACAGGGAAAGGCGCUCGAGAGAACUAAUGCUGUCCAGGGUGAGAAAGAUUGCCGAGAGGGCUCGCCAGGUGGGCAAGAAUCUACAAACCCGAGACUCAGUUUUGGCAAAGACUAAGGGUGGCCGUUCUCGUGGGUGUAUGUCAUUUGAAGAGCGCUCAGUUGGGGUUGAUGACGCGUGCCUGAGUAUUAACAAACAUAGGCCAACGUCCAGAGCGGAAACGGGCUCAGCUGUUGGAGACCCAGGGCAACAUCAAAAGAGAGCUGUUUUUGAGAGCUUGUUCAUGAGCAGCCCCGCUUGCAAACGGAAAAAGUCCACUGCCGAGGGAGUCUUCACGAGCAGUCCAAUUCCGAACAUCAUGCGAAGAAGCGCUGGAUAUGAGUACCAUGGCGCAGGAGCCAUACGCCGUGGGACGUGA